UAUUUUUUACUUCUUACCCACUUGGGGACAAAAGAUUGUCAAACUAAGAUCGUAAUAUCUGGAUUUAUUUUUAUUCCGUACAAUAAUUUCCCACUCAUGGCAGUAGAGAUUAGUACAAUUUUCUUCUUCACCGCAUUUGUUGGUUCGGUUUUUGUUCUAUAUCAUAAAUUAACCCGAAGGAAACCGGUUUUCCAUUCUAAACCAGAUAAAGUAAUUCUUCACUUUAAAACUCUUGGCUCACCAGAGUUGUCACCAUUCCGAUUGAAGCUGGAGACCUAUCUAAAACUAUGUCAGAUUCCUUACGAGCUAUCACACAUUCGCCAACUGUCUUCUAAAGGUAAACUACCUUGGAUUGAACAUAAUGGAGUGGUGGUUGAAGACACGCAGUUUUGUAUCGAUUAUUUAAAUAACAGUUUUAAUGUGGAUCUGAACGAAAAAUUGUCCCCCUAUGAACGUUCUUUAUCUCGAGCAUUCCAAGUAAUGAUAGAAGAAAAUACAACCUGGUGCCUACUUUUGUCCCGUUGGAAAUACGAACGGAAACCAAAAUUUUUCCAAGCUUUAAAAGUGAAUGUCGUAUUUACUUAUUUAAUCACAAAGUCUCUUAUGCGAAAAUCAUCUGGACACGGAAUAGGUCUCCACACAUGGGAAGAAAUAAAAAGCAUUGCAAAGACAGACUUAACUGCUUUAUCCGACUUUUUAGGUGAGAAAAAAUACUUAUUCGGAAACUUCAUGACUUUGGCUGACUGCAGUGCAUUUGGUUUGCUGGUUCAGAUUUGUUAUAAUCACACCGAUAGUUACUUACAUCAAUUAGUAAACGAUUCCUUUCCAAACCUCAAAGAUUACUGUGAUAGGAUAAGAAACGAAUACUAUCCUGAUAUGGUCCUGCUAUCCUGAUAAAUAAAGUUAACUGAAUUCAACGAUCUGGAAUAUUCUUUUCCAUAUAUACAUACGAAAGUAGUUAUGUAGAUGUCUGGACAACAACUGCCAGUCAAUUUGCAUAUAUCUUAUGCUUGCUACAUGUGUAACUCAUAUAUAUGUAGAAUGGCCAAAAAGGUUAUCGGAGAUUCAUUGAUAACUGACGAUUAUUGAAAACUGUACAACUGACUGGAAACAAAAUAUCAUGCCACCUGCACCCAACACAUAUAUCAUUCUUCAUGCCACUCAUAUAUCAUGCUAGCGAGGAGACUUCAACUAAAACAUUUUUCACUUGUAUAUUCUGACAUCAAAACAAAAGUUUGGAUUCACCACAACACACUGAAUAAAUGUACUAUCGCAAUGGGA